CCGCCGCCGCCGCCCCGCGCUCCUGGGGCCUCACCGGGCCCUCACCGCCCGCCGCCGCCGCCGCCAGACCCCGCCUCCACGCGCCCGGCCCUCCCCGGAAGGGCGGCCCGUUCCCGCCCAGCGCCCCGGCGGCGGCGGCACCGGCAUGGAGCGGUCAGAGGCCCACGGCUUCUCCGCCGCCAUGAGCGGCGCCUUCCUGCUGUCGUGCCUGCUUUUCGCGGCCAUCAACCGCCGGCAGCGCGGGCCCUACAUGGACGAGGCCUUCCACGUCCCCCAGGCGCAGGCCUACUGCCGGGGCCGCUUCCUCCAGUGGGACCCCAUGAUCACCACGCUGCCCGGCCUGUACCUGGUCUCAGUGGGAGUAGUGAAGCCCGCGGCGUGGCUCUUCGGGUGGACGGGAAGCGUCGUGUGCUCUGCGGGGAUGCUCAGGUUUAUUAACCUCCUUUUCAGUGCCGGGAACUUCUAUUUACUGUAUUUACUUCUGUUCAAGAUCCAUCAAAAGAAUAAGGCUGUGUCUGGUUUCCAGAGAAUCUUGUCUACAUUAACUCUUGCAAUGUUUCCCACCCUUUAUUUUUUUACAUUCCUUUAUUAUACGGACCCAGGAUCGGUUUUUUUUACUCUCUUUGCCUAUUUAAUGUGCCUUUAUGGAAACCAUAAAACUUCAGCUCUCCUUGGAUUUUGUGGCUUCAUGUUCCGUCAGACAAAUAUUGUGUGGGCAGUUUUUUGUGCUGGAAAUAUUGUUGCAGAGAAGCUAAAUGAAGCCUGGAAGACAGAGUUACAGAAAAAGAAAGAUGAAAAGAUUUCUUCCAGGAAAGGAUCAUUUUCAGAUUUCAUCCAAAUAUUGCAAUUUCUUAUUAAAUAUCUCAUGUUGCCUAAGAACUUAGUUACACUUAUUGCUUUAACUUGGCCAUACAUCAUAUUAGUAACUCUGUUCUUUGUUUUUGUUUUCGUUAAUGGUGGAAUAGUUGUUGGUGACAGAAGCAGCCACGAAGCCUGUUUGCACUUUCCCCAGCUGUUCUAUUUUCUGUCCUUUACUGUCUUUUUUUCAUUCCCUCAUUUAUUGACCCCUGCCAAAAUCAGGAAAUUCCUUCUGUCAUUACGAAAGCACCCUGUGCAGUACAGCUUAAUCGCCAUCAUCUCUUUAUUCCUGAUCUGGAAAUUUACAUAUGUUCAUAAGUAUUUACUAGCCGAUAACAGACAUUAUACAUUCUAUGUCUGGAGAAAAGUCUUCCAAAGACAUGAGCUUGUAAAAUAUGUAUUAGUUCCAGUCUAUAUAUUUGCUGGCUGGAGUUUCGCUGAUACACUAAAAUCAAAAUCAAUAUUCUGGAUCUUAAUGUAUUUUGUAUGUUUAUUAGCAGCCACAGUUCCUCAAAAAUUGCUGGAAUUUCGUUACUUUAUUUUGCCAUUUUUAAUAUAUAGGCUCAAUAUUCCAUUUCCAUCUCUAUAUAAACAACUUCUGGAGCUGGCUUUUUAUAUUGUUGUGAAUGCAGUAACUUUUUAUCUUUUUCUAAACAGAACAUUCCAAUGGCCAAAUAGUGAUGAAAUCCAGAGGUUCAUGUGGUGACGACUUAUUAUUUUUGAUACUUUCAUACCCUUAGGAAAACCCAGUUCUGUUUCAGGGCUCUGUAAUGAAGCAAUACAUUUUGCAUUAUGUAAGGACUUUUUUCCUCAGUUGAGUUUGGGGAAGUAAGCUGUUUGCUUAUUUCUUGGAACUGAAUGUCAGAUCUGAUUUGUUGUAAUGUGAAGACAUCCCAUAUAUUGAAUUUAUGAGUUCCUCGAAUUAUCAAAUCCAAUAUGAGGGGAAAUUUGAGAACACCUUUCUGUAAUUAAUGUGAAAUAAGGGAGAUGUUUACAGUAAUUUUUCGUUAUAAUAAAAUGUUAUAUAAUAUUCCCUUCAAGGUAUGACAGUUUAUGUUUCAGAGGUUUCUCUUUAAAAUUAAGUAUUUAAGUGUUUAAUCUUUUUGUUACCUCUGGGUGCAUAUUUACUCCUUGGAUCAGGCCACCCCCACCUAGGUUUGCUAGUGAUCAAGGUAUGAACCACUGCUGAAGUAUAAUGUUUUCAAAACCUCCUACAUCCCACUGAAUUUUCAUGAUUUUUUGGUCAAUAAAUGCUUACAUUAAUUUUACAAACAGAAUGUAGGCUUUUAAAUCAUUAGAGCAUUUUGAAAAUUUUAUUUCAAACUGAUGUUUAGAAAAUAUAGUGGGGGCUAUGUGCAUGUACCUUCUUUGGGGCAAUAAGUGGUGUUGUACAACAAAAGAUAAAUUGCCGUUUAUAAUGUGGCCUAUUAGAAAGGGAGUAAUCUGGGUAUGUCAGACUGAAAUGUGUCGUUACACAGUGGAACGCAGUCUAAUGAACACCCUUUGAAAUAGUCAGGCUUUUAUAUCCUGAGGUUCUGUGUUCACAGUUUUGUAUUGAAGCAGGAUAUGAGGGCAUGCCCAAGUUGAACCGAGUGUUUCUGAGAUCUUUGACGUGUAAUCUUAAAGAAAUACCAAUGGUGUUACUGAAUUGUUCUUUUAAAUAUUUUUCAUAUACAUACAAACCUAAUGGAACUAGGGAGUAUGUAUUCUGUUUUACAAAGAUAAAAUACAAUGUGUAUAGAUACAUAUUUUUUUAAAAGCAUCUGGUGCAUUAUCAUCAGAAUAAAAGAAGGCUGUAAUGGUUCCUGUCAGUAAAUGACUUUAAUUAGACUAAAAAAUAUUUGAUCGCCUGAAGUUGACUAUUCUGCAGUUUUAUAAAUAUAACUAAAUUAUGUGGUGGGGGGGAAUCCAAAACUUCACAUACUGUGUAGCAUCUUUAAGUUCUUUUGUAUUCUGUAAUGAAAAUACUACAGCCAAAUCUAUGCAAACAUACCGUGUUAUUGCCACUCCAGUCACACUGAAAUGGAAUUGUUUCUCAAAAGGUCAGUACUGUGGAGUUAUUACUCACAUCGGUACUGUUAGUUUUUUUCCUUUUACAGUAUGCAGCUCAAUGUCCUGGCUCUGAUCCCUUUGCUGUACUAACACGAAGAGUUUGGUUAACUCAGAUUCUCCUGUCCAAUGUUUUUGCAACCCCAGUUUCUUCUAAGGAAACCUUAAAACCAUUCCUCAAUGAGUAGGUUUAUUUGUAUUGAAUUUAAGACAUUUACCAGGUCAGUUUUUGCUUCUUGACCUCUCCAGUACGGUAAUUUCUUGAUAAUGUGUGUACAAUAGGGAAAGACAUUUUUGAUCACUCCCUAUUUGUGUAUAUGUAAGUUGAAGGGGCAAGAGAAUCCCAGAGUGGGUUGCUUUUCAAGAAUCCAGUGUGGUUCUUGCAGAGACCAGGGUGUUGUCUUGUGUUGUGAUUUUAGUAUGACAGAUUUGAGGGGGUGGGGGGGGAAGUCUUGCAUGCCUUCUGCUUCCAAUUUUGUUUUUGUAUACCACGCCAGUAAAAAUGUAAACAAGGUAAAGAGCAUAUGCGUGCUUUAGUACAACUUAAUUUGUAUUCUCAAAAUUUCAGUACUGAGCGAGUUGAAAUGGUAACCUGGGAAGGGAUGGGGUUCUGGCUAGAAUUCUGAAUUGUCUUCUAGAUCUGGUUUGUUGGUUUUUUUUUUUUUCUGGCUUUAUGUAGGGGAGCAGGUGUUUGUUCAGUUGACAAGAUGCAAAAAUUCCUGUGCUUACAUAGUCCAAAGGUGGUGUUUUGUCCAGCAUGUCUAUUGGUAGGUGUAUCUGAAUGCCUUUGAUUAUCAACACUGUUAAGAAACAGUGUUUAUGCCUCCUACUUACUCUUAACAGAGAUAGCAGACAUGUUUCAGGUGAAGAGAACUGAGUUUAAACACAUACAGUUUCCAUGUAUUUCUUUUGUAACGAAAAGUAAAUACAAAAAGUCCCCCAAAUUUAGAGCACAAUACCUUCUAAUGAGCUCCACAUCACAAGACACUAGAAAAAUUACAUGUAGAGAGAUGUCUGUGAGCUCUUGGGGUUUUUUUAACCAGUAUUAUAAGAUGGCAUAGUAUUUUAUCAUGGAAUUUAUCAAUAUACUUAUAUAUUUUAAUUUAAGAGUACAAUUAUUCUCAAUGUAUUUUGCUAAUGUAAAAGCAGGCUGAGUUGAUAAAAGUUUAAAUUUAAGGGAAAGUCCAUGAAUUACUAAAACAUGAGAGUCUAUUUUUAGAGUAAAGCUAUGUUUUCACUUUUGCUGAUGAACCAAGGGGAGUUUGCAGGUAAUAUUCAAUGUUAGCUGGAUUCAGACUCAGAAAUCCAGAUGCUUGUAAUUGUAUCAUAAUUAGUCAUAAAGAAGGGUCUCCAAAUUCCAUCAACAUCCAUUAGAAAUUUGGCAAAUAUCAGUAGCAAUAAUGUUUAAAUCUAGAGAUAAGGAUUAGUUAAACAUACUUUAUAAUCUCGGAGCAAGUAUCUUUUGGAAAUCGAUUUUAGUAUUUGGCUCCUGAAAUAUUUCAGUUGUAAAUGUUCGCAAUUUAUUAGCUGUUCAUCUUAAAGACAUGCAGAAGGGACUGUGGUUUUCCUGGUUUACGUUGCCAAGGUCUUCUAGUGCCAGUAGAACCAUAAUCGCUUACUUCAGGUUAAUUCCUCAGUAGGUGUCAUUCGGCAAUGAAAUUACUUACAACAGCAUUUAAAAAAUAAUUUAUUAUAAAUUUUAUUAAUCAGCUAUCUAUUUAGAAAAAAAUCCCACUAAUUUGUUGAAAUGCCCAAGAUGAAAACAAAAAUAGCGUAGCUAACAUUUUUGUAAUUGCUGUUUAAAAAUAAAGACUUGGGUUCAGUUUUUCUCAGAGAGAAAGACGAUGGUUUUUCAAUAACUGUCAGAAUAAUGAAAACAGAUCUGAAGGGCAACAGCGUGGUUGAAUUGUUUGAGGUGGGGAAAAAAAAAGACAACUAAUUAAACACAUUGGGGGUUUUU